AUGGGGAGUGCUCCAUUUUCCAGUAAGGGGAGGGGGAGUGGGGGGCUGCAGGACCUGGGCUGUAUGCCAUGGAAGCUGAGCAAGCAGAAAGGGGUGGCGGGAGGAGGGGAGGAGAGGUCGGACCUGAGAGAGCAUGAUCUCUCGACCCCACCGGCCCCGCCUCCACCCCCCAUCUACCACGAGAAGCAACGGCGGGAGCUGUGUGCUCUGCAUGCACUCAAUAACGUCUUCCAGGACGGGGCAGCUUUCAGCAGGGAUGCACUCCAGGACAUCUACCAGAGGUGAGGGGUUAAGGUUGUGUCUUCUAGGGCAGUGUUCCCAUUUUUGUUGUAGCCCCAGACAAACUCACCUGAUUCAACUCAUUGAGGGCAUUGUGAUUUGUUGACGAGUUGAAUCAGGUGUGCUUGUCCGGGGCUACAACAUAAAUGUGUGCUUCUGGGGGUACUCGAGGACUGGAGUUAGGAAACACUACUGUAGGGGAGAUAUUUAUCUUCUCCAUUCUCUGUCUCACUCAUAUUCCUCCCCUCUUUCAAAGUCUCCCCCUCUCUUUCUUUCUCCCCCCUCUGCAUCUCUCUCUCCCAUUUUUAGCCUCUUUUUAUCUCUCUUGUUUCUUCUGUCCUCCUCACUCUAUCUCGUCCCUCUCUCCACAGAUUCUCUCCCGGCACUCUGGUAACCCCCCACAAGAAGAGCGUGCUGGGAAAUGGGAACUAUGAUGUGAAUGUCAUUAUGGCCGCCCUACAGACCCGAGGGUUCGAGGCUGUCUGGUGGGAUAAAAGAAGGUACACAUCUGUUCUCAUUAAAGCUAUAUGGUCUUCUACCCUAUCUAGUUAUUUAACUAACGUUUUUGUUUAUUUUUUAUUUAUUGGCCCAUCCACCAGUCGCCCUCUUCGGAGGACAAAAGUAACUUUGUUUUACAUUUUUGUUUAUACAGCUUUUUUGUAACAUUUACAUUUUAGAAACUUUCUAAUCGCUUAGUAUCCACAGAUUGUAAGUUAAAGAUGAAUAUUCAAGUUUCAAGUUUGUAGUCGUAUGUACAGGAUACGCAUGGUAUUCACUGUCCAACGAAAUUCUUACUUGCACGUUCCUUCUCGAUAAUGCAACAACAAUAAAAAAUAAGAUAAGAAUUCGAACAUAAAAUAAAUGGCUCAGUAGAAUAGAAUAAACAUUUUAGCAUAAGUAUAAUACAGGAAGGCACAAUUUUAUAGUACAGUAUUUACAUGUAUCAGAGAAAGGGGGGAGAGGGGGGGGGGGGGAUGUUUAACUUGUGCAGUAAUAGUAAAUAAGAGCCUGGUAGUAGCAAUUGUGGUGUGUGUGUGUGUGCGUGAGUGAGUGCAUGUGUGCCAAGGUGCGGAGAGUCGGUGCAUGUGGUCAGUCCAGUUCAAGUGUUCAGCAGUCUGAUGGCUUGUAGAUGGCCUGUUGGUAUCAGACUUCAUGCUCCGAUACCGUCUGCCCAACGGUAAGGGAGUGAACAGCUUGUGGCUGGGGUGUGUGGAGUCCUUGAUGAUGCUGCAGGACUUCCUCAGGCACCGUUUCAAGUAGAUGCCCCAGUGAUGUACUGGUCUGUCUUCACCACCCGCUGGAGGGCCUUGUGGACGGAGCAAUUUCCAUACCAGGCUGUGAUGCAACUGGGCAGGAUGCUCUCGAUGGUACAGCAGUAGUAUUUGGAGAGAAUCCUGGGUGGCAUGCCGAAUUUCUUCAGCCGCCUUAGGAAGUAGAGGCGAUGUUGCACCCUCUUGACAAGAGUGGGGGUGUUGUUGGUCCAUGUCAAGUCCUCUGUGAUGUGGACGCAGAGGAACUUAAUACUGCUGACUCUCUCUACUGCAGUCCUGUUGAUGUGGAUCGGGGCGUGUUCCCUCCUCUGCUUCCAGAAGUCAACAAUCAACUCCUUUGUUUUGCUGAUGUUGAGGGAGAGAUUGUUGUCCUGGGACCACAAUGCCAGUUCACUUACCUCCUCCCUUUGGCUGGCUCGUCGUUGUUGGUUAUCAGGCCUACAACCGUGGUGUCGUCAGCAAACUUGAUGGAGUUGGCGUCGUGCAAAGCCACGCAGUAAUGGGUGAACGGGGAGUACAACAGAGGGCUGAUGAUAAACCCCUGGGGGGGGGCCCUAUGUUAAGUCUGCCCAUCAGGAAAUCCAGGAUCCAAUUACAGAGGGUAGUGUCCAAACCCAGAGCUCUGAGCUAGGUGAUGAGCUUGGCGGGAACAAUAGUCUUGAACGCUGAACAGUAGUCAAUGAACAGCAUUCUCACAUAGGUGUUCCUCUUGUCCAGAUGUGUGAAUAGCGAUGGAAAUGGCAUCUUCUGUGGAUCUGUUGGAGCAGUAGGCAAAUUGUAGUGGGUCCAGUGUGCCUGGCAUGCUGGCCUUGAUGUGGCCCAUGACUAGCCUCUUGAGAGCACUUCAUGAUGACAGGGGUGAGUGCGAUGGGGCAAUAGUCAUUUGGGCAAGUCACCUUGGUUUUCUUGAGCACUGGGACGAUGGUGGUCUCCUUGAAGCAAGUGGGGACUACAGCCUGGACAGGGACAGGUUGAAGAUGUCUGAGAAGAUUCCCAGCGGCUGGUCAGCGCACACUCUGAGGAUGCGGCCAGGGAUGCCAUCUGGGCCGGCGGCUUUGUGAGUAUUCACUCUUUUGAGAGUUUUCCUCACAUCAGCCUCGGAGCACGAAAGCACCUGGUCGUCUGGAGCAACGAGAGCCUUCCUGGAUUGCUCGGUAUUGUCUGCCUUGCAGCGAGCACACAAUGUGUUCAGCUGGGAGGGAGGCUUCAGUGGGCACCACACAGCUGGAUUUCCCUUUGUGGUCCGUGAUAGCCUGUAGUCCUUGUCAUAAGGCGUUGCGAGUCAGAGUUGUCGAACAUCGAUUUGAGUUUUGUAUUGUCUCUUCGCGUCCGUAAUGGACUUGCGGAGCUCGUACCCGCUUGCAAUGUACGUGUCGCACAUCAUUGAUUCGUCUGGGUUUGUUCUGCUGACAUUGAAUGCUGCAGUACGGGCUCUCAGCAUGGUACGGAUUUCUCGUUCAUCCAGGGUUUUGGUUGGGAUACGUCCGGAUUGUUAUUGUGGAUACAACAUCAACACAUUUCCUAAUUAAGCCUGUGAAUGACAAUGUAUAUUCCUCAAUGUUGAUGGAUGAAUCCUGGGUGGAUGAAUCUUUGAACAUAUUCCAAUCAGUAUUCUCAAACAGUCCUGCAUCAUUGAGUCUUCCUUCUCUGUCCAGCGCCUCACUAUUCUCUGUGUUGGUGGCUCCCUCUUGAGUUGCUGCUUGUAGGCGGGGAGUAGGAACAGAGAGACAUGAAGUGGGGGCGGGGGAGGGCUUUGUACGCUCACGGAUGUUUGUGUACACAUGGUCCAGCACUUUUUCCUUUUGUGGGACAGGAUACAUGUUGGUGAGAAUUUGUUUUAAACUUGCUUGGUUAAAAUCUCCCGUGACAAUAAAUACUGCUUCCGGGUGAGCGGAUUCAUGCUAGCUAAUGUUCUUGUGCAGUUCGCUGAGUGCUACCUUGAUGUUUGCUUGUAGCAGUAUGUACACAGCUGUGAUAAUAAAACAUGUGAAUUCCCUCCGCAUAUAGCAGGGUUAUUUUAUCAUCAGAAACUCCAGGUGGGGUGAGCAGGCGCUCGAAAUGUUUUCAAUUUCGGUACACCAGGAAUUGUUGAUGAGGAAGCAUACACCUUCCCCCUACUCUUACCAGAAGCCGCCGUUCGAUCCAUACGGAAAAUAGAAAAGCCGUCUGGUUGAAUAACAGAGUCGCGUGAACUGUCCAUAAACCGUGUCUCUGUAAAAACAAAGACACAGGAUUCCCUGAUGCGAUUUAAAGCCUUGCUCUGAGUUCACAAAGUUUAUUUUUCCAGCGAUUGGACAUUAGAAAAUAAACUUUGAACUCAGAGCAAGGCUUCAAUUGCAGAUAAUAUGAUAUAGUAUUAUUAUACUGUUGACUAUGGCUUUCCAAAUCUCCCAACAGUGCUAUUUGUAGGGUUAAUACCAGAAUAAAUUAUCUAAUAAUUCUCUCUUCGCAGCAAAUCUGCUGAGAUGGUUGUAUGCCCCAUCUAUAUAACAUUCUGUUGGUGGCAAUUUUAAAUUGAAAAACACAGUGUUUUCAUGCAUUUUUAUCCAAAAUGAUGCAUGUGGACCAUGCAGGAGAUUUAAAAUCCACAACAUUGGUGUUGCAAGCACCAUCCAACCCACUGAGCCACUGGAACCACAAUGCUAUGCUUGUUCAUACUCUCCAUCUUGUUUACUGCUCUCUGGUUUGGUUCAUGUGUUGUCAGCAACUAUUUCAGUCAGCUCAGCCCUGCUCAAUUUAGUUAACUUCAAUCACUGGCCGUACACCAGCAAUAGAGGAAAGAUGAAGGCAUAUUUACAUAUCCUCUUCAUUCUGAAUCCCAGUUGAGCACAAGGCAGCAAAAAAAGGAAUAGGCUACUCAUGAUUACCCAAACAGCUAUUUUGAAAAUCAAAACAAUUGCGACAUACAGAGACAUGUACAGUAGAGUGGGUUAAGUUGAGCCAUUUGUUACAUUCAGCAUCACUACGUCAAGGGAAAUAUUGUUUUCUUUCUAAUAAUGAUAUCUACAUAUAUUUCAGGAUGUUGGGUAUCCUGGAAAUAAACUGAAUACAUAUAUACAUAACUGUUUUGAAAACAUAGCUUGUCCGAAAAUAAGUGGUCUCUUUGCACAAUUUACCCCAGGUAUGGGGUAAGUUGAUCAUAGGGACAGGGUAAGUUGAGCCGCCUUGGCUCAACUUCAUAGGCAACUUCUCUGCAUUUUGAGGCUACUAGCCCAUGAAACUGAGACUUGAUACGUUUAGCAAGCUCAGACUCCAUGUUAUAAAAUAAGUUACCGGAAUCUUCAGUAAUUUUGGUAAUUAACAGAAAAUCUAUGCGUAACUUUGGUAAUUUAUACUUGAAUAACUUUUUUUUAACAAUUAUUCAUAUACAUACAGUUGAAGUCGGAAGUUUACAUACACCUUAGCCAAAUACAUUUAAACUCAGUUUUUCACAAUUUCUGACAUUUAAUCCUAGUAAAGAUUCCCUGUUUUAGGUCAGUUACGAUCACCACUUUAUUUUAAGAAUGUGAAAUGUCAGAAUAAUAGUAGAGAGAAUGAUUUAUUUCAGCUUUUAUUUAUUACAUCACAUUCCCAGUGGGUCAGAAGUUUACAUACACUCAAUUAGUAUUUGGUAGCAUUGCCUUUAAAUUGUUUAACUUGGGUCAAACGUUUCGAGUAGCCUUCCACAAGCUUCCCACAAUAAAUUGGGUGAAUUCUAGCCCAUUCCUCCUGACAGAGCUGGUGUAACUGAGUCAGGUUUGUAGGCCUCCUUGCUCGCACACGCUUUUUCAAUUCUGCCCUCAAAUCUUCUAUAGGAUUGAGGUCAGGGCUUUGUGAUGGCCACUCCAAUACCUUGACUUUGUUGUCCUUAAGCCAUUUUGCCACAACUUUGGAAGUAUGCUUGGGGUCAUUGUCCAUUUGGAAGACCCAUUUGUGACCAAGCUUUAACUUCCUGACUGAUGUCUUGAGAUGUUGCUUCAAUAUAUCCACAUAAUUUUCCUUCCUCAUGAUGCCAGCUAUUUUUGAAGUGCACCAGUCCCUCCUGCAGCAAAGCACCCCCACAGCAUGAUGCUGCCACCCCCGUGCUUCACGGUUGGGAUGGUGUUCUUCGGCUUGCAAGCCACCCCCUUCUUCCUCCAAACAUAACGAUGGUCAUUAUGGCCAAACAGUUCUAUUUUUGUUCCAUCAGAUAAGAGGACAUUUCUCCAAAAAGUAUAAUCUUUGUCCCCAUGUGCAGUUGCAAACUGUAGUAUGGCGGUUUUGGAGCAGUGGCUUCUUCCUUGCUGAGCGGCCUUUCAGGAUAUGUCGAUAUAGGACUUGUUUUACUGUGGAUAUAGAUACUUUGUACCUGUUUCCUCCAGCAUCUUCACAAGGUCCUUUGUUGUUGUUCUGGGAUUGACUUGCACUUUUCGCACCAAAGUACGUUCAUCUCUAGGAGACAGAACGCGUCUCCUUCCUGAGCGGUAUGACGGCUGCGUGGUCCCAUGGUGUUUAUACUUGCGUACUAUUGUUUGUACAGAUGAACGUGAUACCUUCAGGCGUUUGGAAAUUGCUCCCAAGGAUGAACCAGACUUGUGGAGGUCUACAAUUUAUUUUCUGAGGUCUUGGCUGAUUUCUUUUGAUUUUCCCAUGAUGUCAAGCAAAGAGGCACUGAGUUUGAAGGUAGGCCUUGAAAUACAUCCACAGGUACACCUCCAAUUGACUCAAAUGAUGUCAAUUAGCCUAUCAGAAGCUUCUAAAGCCAUGACAUCAUUUUCUGGAAUUUUCCAAGCUGUUUAAAGGCACAGUCAACUUAGUGAAUAUAAACUUCUGACCCACUGGAAUUGUGAUACAGUGAAUUAUAAGUGAAAUAAUCUGUCUGUAAACAAUUGUUGGAAAAAGUACUUGUGUCAUGCACAAAGUAGAUGUCUUAACCGACUUGCCAAAACUAUAGUUUGUUAACAAGACAUUUGUGGAGUAGUUGAAAAACGAGUUUUAAUGACUCCAACCUAAGUUUAUGUAAACUUGCGACUUCAACUGUGUGUAUAUAUAUAUAUAUAUAUAUAUAUAUAGUAUUCAUUUAUUAUAUCUGUGUCCAUAUCAUGAGUUUCUAGUAGAUAGACCAUAUGGUUUUAGAGAAAAUAGCCUAAUUAAUUAAAAGAGCAUCUAAUCAACAAUGGCAUUAUUUUCAAUUAACUCUGCAUUUCUUCCAAAUAUUGACUUUUCUUCACAACUGCCACCAGUUUGACGCCAAAUCAUUGACAUCAAAUACAUAUUGCCAAAGGAUAUUUCAUGCUGAACCCUCAUUAAACACAAAUGGUAUUCACAUAGUUGAGGGUUUAUAUUUAAGAUAAUGUUUUACAGCUUUGUCAUUCAAUUUAUAUAAAACUCAUCUUAUUUAAUUAUUUCAUUUUUUACAUGUGAUAAGGCCACUGAUAAUUAGACACCUGUGAUAAUCUGAAGUACCCACAAGGGCCACUAGAUUUAUUGUGCUAGUUUACAUAAAAUCCUUGCAAGAUACCAAAAUAUACCCUCCCUUUGUAACCCUAGAUAAGACCUUGUGUGCAUCUGCUACUCUAUCAUAGACUCUCUUUCGCACAGGUACAUGUUCGUUUUCUUUUUUGGCGUGACCCUGGACAACACCCUGUCGUUCUCCGCUAACAUCAAGGCGGUGACCCGAUCCUGUAGGUUCAUGCUCUACAACAUUCGGAGAGUACGACCCUGCCUUACACAGGAAGCGGCACAGGUCCUAAUCCAGGCACUUGUCAUCUCCCGUCUGGAUUACUGCAACUCGCUGUUGGCUGGGCUCCCUGCCUGUGCCAUUAAACCCCUACAACUCAUCCAGAAUGCUGCAGCCCGUCUGGUGUUCAACCUUCCCAAGUUCUCUCACGUCACCCCGCUCCUCCGCACACUCCACUGGCUUCCAGUUGAAGCUUGCAUCUGCUACAAGACCAUGGUGCUUGCCUACGGAGCUGUGAGGGGAACGGCACCUCCGUACCUUCAGGCUCUGAUCAGUCCCUACACCCAAACGAGGGCAUUGCGUUCAUCCACCUCUGGCCUGCUGGCCCCCCUACCUCUGCAGAAGCACAGUUCCCGCUGAGCCCAGUGAAACCGUUCGCUGCUCUGGCACCCCAAUGGUGGAACAAGCUCCCUCACGACGCCAGGACAGCGGAGUCACCUCACCACCUUCCGGAGACACUUGAAACCCCACCUCUUUAAGGAAUACCUGGGAUAGGAUAAAGUAAUCCUUCUACCCCCCCCCCCCCCUCUACCCCACCCCACAAAAAAAACACAUAUUGUAAAGUGGUUAUCCCACUGGCUAUAAGGUGAAUGCACCAAUUUGUAAGUCACUCUGGAUAAGAGCGUCUGCUAAAUGACGUAAAUGUAAAUGUACCUCUUCAGUGUCAUUCAGUCUAUUUUUUUUUCAUCCCUUGCUGCUGCUCAAAUCUUCCCUUCUCUCACUUCCUUGGCUGCUCUCUCAAGAACCUCAAUGGGGGGCUAGACCCCUGCUUGUUUUAUGUUUGUAUAAACAGGGCAUGAGUUCAUACGCAUGGCACAUUGCAAAAAUACUAUGCAUAUUAUGCAUAAAACUGACAAUGUAAUGAUCAUUUGUAUGGGGUAUGGUGGCCAUUGGCUCAAUUUACCCCAAGACAAACAUUUUGACUAUAUUAGCCCACACAGCUACAAGGAUGCACUUUCAAGCUAGGUUUAGGACCUCAUAUUGUAGCUUAUAGAGACCUUGAUGUAUAAAACGGUCUACUUUGGUGUAGAUACAUGCAUCAUGAAACCUAUAACACAAUAAAUUAAUUUGAACUUUUUGGGACCUUUUCCAUGAAAUGAUGAUCUCUUCCUAAAUAUUUGGUCACAUGAUUUAAUUUUGUGUAUUGUUUCCUAGAAACAAGGGGUGGCUCAACUAACCCUUUGGCUCAACUUACCCCACUCUUCCCUACAGACAUCAUCAUGGAUUGUACAACAUUACAGUAGCUACUGAAAAUCCACUCCUGCAAGACCUAUGGAAGACUGUGUGAUUGACUUGUGUAUUGUGUUCCUGCAGGGAUGUGGGCAGUAUAGCGCUGUCCAACGUAACAGGCUUCAUUCUGAACGUCCCGUCCAAUCUGCGCUGGGGUCCACUGCGCCUGCCACUCAAACGGCAGCACUGGAUAGGGGUGCGGGAGGUGGGCGGAGUCUAUUACAACCUCGACUCCAAACUACGCAGCCCACACACCAUCGGAAACCCUGAUGAGCUCAGGUACUGCGUGCGUACGUCAUCCCAAUUAUGGUGUCCUGUCCAGUAGAUUAAGCCCAUCAUGAUUUUCAUUGUUCAUUUUAAAUACAGUGCAUUCGGAAAGUAUUCAGACCCCUUCCCUUUUUCCACAUUUUGUUACGUUACAGCCUUAUUCUAAAAUGUAUAACUUUUUUUUCUCAUCAAUCUACACACAAUACCCCAUAAUGACAAAGCGAAAACUGGUUUUUAGACAUUUUUUAAAAUGUAUUAAAAAUAAAAAACAUAAGUACCCUUUGCUAUGAGACUCAAUUGAGCUCAGGUGCAUCCUGUUUCCAUUGAUCAUCCUUGAGAUGUUUAUACAACUUGAUUGUAGUCCACCUGUGGUAAAUUCAAAUGAUUGGACAUGAUUUGGAAAGGCACACACGUCUAUAUAAGGUCCCACAGUUGACAGUGUAUGUCAGAGCAAAAACCAAGCCAUGAGGUCGGAGGAAUUGUCCGUAGAGCUCCGAGACAGGAUUGUGUCGAGGCACAGAUCUGGGGAAGGGUACCAAAAAAGUCUGCAUCGUUGAAGGUCCCCAAGACAGUGGCUUCCGUUCUUAAAUGGAAGAAUUUUGGAACCACCAAGAGCUCCAGUGUUCCUCUGUGGAGAUGGGAGAACCUUCCAGAAGUACAACCAUCUCUGCAGCACUCCACCAAUCAGGCCUUUAUGGUAGAGUGGCCAGACGGAAGCCACUCCUCAGUAAAAGGCACAUGACAGCCCGCUUGGAGUCUGCCAAAAGGCACCUAAAGGACUCUCAGACCAUGAGAAACAAGAUUCUCUGGUCUGAUGAAACCAAGAUUAGACUCUUUGGCCUGAAUGCGAAGCGUCACAUCUGGAGGAAACCUGGCACCAUCCCUACGGUGAAGCAUGGUGGUGGCAGCAUCAUGCUGUGGGGAGGUUUUUCAGCGGCAGGGACAGGGAGACUAGUCCGGAUCGAGGCAAAGAUGAAUGGAGCAAAGUACCGAGAGAUCCUUGAUGAAAACCCGCUCCAGAGCGUUCAGGGGCGAAGGCUCACCUUCCAACAGGACAACGACCCUAAGCACACAUCCAAGACAAAGCAGGAGUGGCGUCGGGACAAGUCUCUGAAUGACCUUGAGUGGCCCAUCUCUGGAGAGACCUGAGAAUAGCUGUGCAGCGACGCUCCCCAUCCAACCUGACAGAGCUUGAGAGGAUCUGCAGAGAAGAAUGGGACAAACUCCCCAAAGACAGGUGUAUUUUUAUUUUUAAUACAAUUGCAAAAAUCUAAAAACCUGUUUUUGCUUUGUCAUUAUGGGGUAUUGUGUGUAGAUGCAUUGAGGAGUACACCAUAUCAGUCACUGGCUUCAUCAAUAAGUGCAUCGAUGACGUCGUCCCCACAGUGACUGUACGUACAGUGAGGGAAAAAAGUAUUUGAUCCCCUGCUGAUUUUGUACGUUUGCCCACUGACAAAGAAAUGAUCAGUCUAUAAUUUUAAUGGUAGGUUUAUUUGGACAGUGAGAGACAGAAUAACAACAAAAAAAUCCAGAAGAACGCAUGUCAAAAAUGUUAUAAAUUGAUUUGCAUUUUAAUUAGGGAAAUAAGUAUUUGACCCCCUCUCAAUCAGAAAGAUUUCCCAGACUAUUUGCAUUUUUGUGGUGUUCUUUCUUAAAACUGCAUUGUUGGUUAAGGGCUUGUAAGUAAGCAUUUCACUGUAAGGUCUACUGUUGUAUUCAGCGCAUGUGACAAAUAAAAUUUGAUUUGAUUUAUAUUGUGGAGCAUCCAAGAGAGAACAGAAUUUAUAUGUAUGUAUCCACUAGGUGGUGCCACAUAGUAAUACAAAAUAAGUUCAAUCAGUCUCAUUCCCUUAGCUAAAUAAUAGAUAAUUACACGGCCACCAUCCACAAUGGUGAUCGAUCCUUGCCUAAUACCUAAUGAAUAACAAGCUGAUAUCUUUAUUCUUCUGUUCUUUCAAUUCCAUCCACACAACAGGAAGUUCCUACGUCACCAGCUGAGAGGGAAAAACUGUGAGCUCCUAUUGGUGGUGUCUGAGGAGGUGGAGGUCCAUCAAACAUGGAGGUCAGAUGGCUGUUGAUUGAAUGUGCCCGCCAACCUUUUCUCUACCGGAUUAGACUUUUCCCAGUUGCUGCUCAGGAUAACAGGCGUGGUCCAAUCAGGGGACAAAUUGAAAAGCAGAUGGGGUUGUGCUCAGCCAAUCACGUAGAUGCACACUGGCCAGAUGUACUUUUUGUGCUUACUCACCCAUUGCUGGACUCAGGCUGAUGAGACCUGAAGCGAUGAAGGAAACGGACGCAUACAGGGAGGUCAUGAAAAAAUCACACUACACAUCACUUAGAUUUAUGAACAUUUAUGUUUGGUUUUUGGGAUUCUAUGUUUUUAUAUAUCAAUUGAUGACUAUUUUUCAAUGUUACUUUCGAUUUUUUUUGUACAUUUACUGUUUCCAGUGUCCAAGUAUGAGAGGCGUGUGACUGUGUAAAACUACGAGUAUCUAUUUCUCCCUCUAUCUCCCCCCCUCCUGUUACUGUUUACCCCUGUACUGUAUAUUCACUGAUGCGUCUUCAUGUAACUCUCCUCCUUUUCUUUGUGUAUCUCUCUAUUUGUUAUUCUCUGCUCUACUGUGACUGUACAUCUCUUCUUUACCUCAGUCUCUCUUCCUCUGUCA